CAGUAAGUUGCUGUUUGUUUAGGUUAGGCCUUCUCUUCAACCCCCUUCUUCUUCUUCUCUCUCUCUCUGGAAAAUUUUCUUUUUUUUAAAAAAAAAAAAAAUAAUUUCUCUUUUUUUUCUUCCUCUCUGUAAAAUUCUCUGUGUUAGAACUCCUCCUCAUCAUCAUCAUUGGAAGAAUCAGAAUAGUUGGUCUACCGAAAGAUUCACAUUGCUCUUCAACAACCCCAUCAAAAGAAUUCAACUUUAAUUUCUCUACUUUGGAAAAAAUGGUACAUUAUUUGAUGCCUUCUGGAAAGUGGAAAGAGAUAGACGCCAUUAAUAAUAUAUAUACACACAUUAGCAUAUAUGCCCUCUUCUUCUUCUUCCUGUUUUUUUUCCCCAAAAAACUUUUGCCCCAAAAAAAAAAAUUCAAUCUUACGUUAUGUUACUGCAUUUGGUUGAACAGGCGGAUACAACCGCAAUGUUGGUUCCUCCGUGGCUGGAGCCGUUGCUAACCACCGCCUUCUUCACCGUCUGCCGAACCCACAGUGACGCCGCCAGAAGUGAAUGCAACAUGUUCUGCUUGGAUUGCAAUGACAAUGCCUUCUGUUUCUACUGCCGUUCUUCAAAACAUAAAGAUCAUCAAGUAAUUCAGAUAAGGAGGUCCUCGUAUCAUGAUGUGGUAAGAGUGUCAGAGAUUCAAAAGGUUUUGGACAUUGGUGGGGUGCAGACAUAUGUGAUCAAUAGCGCCAGGGUUCUAUUCUUAAAUGAGAGGCCUCAACCCAAAAGUGGGAAAGGAGUUUCCCACAUUUGUGAAAUUUGCGGCCGGAGCCUCUUGGACCCUUUUCGUUUCUGUUCAUUGGGUUGUAAGCUUGUAGGGAUAAAGAGGAAUGGGGAUGCAAGCUUUACCUUAGAUGGGAAGAAUGAGAUAAUAACGGGAAGAGGAGGUGAAGGAAUAUCAUCAAGAAGAGUGUUAUUAUCUUCAAAGGAAGGAGGAGGAGAAUUGCGUGAAGGCACACAAAAUGACAUUUCCCCGGCCACGCCUCCUCCGCCUCCUUCUUCAACUGCAAGGAGAAGAAAGGGUAUCCCUCAUCGAGCGCCUUUUGGUUCCUAAAGUUAAGUUAAAAUUACUACUCCUAUUUAUAUAUAAAAAUUAUCCCAUCAUCCCUUUGAACCUUAUUCCAACACCCCAACCAAACCCAAAAAGAAAACUACUUUAUACACCUCAUUAUUAUGGAUCACAAAACCCGUUUUAAGGGGUCAUUGUCCCAAAAAACCAUUGCAUUUGGAAGUCCUUUAUUUCAUUCUUUUUUCUUUGGGGGGAUAGAAAAAAGGCCUUAAUUAUGUUAGGGGAGGGGUCCCAAAAAACCAUACAAAUUCUCUUCUUGUUGGGUAGGGAGAGCAAUAAUGGAGGAUUAUUAUUGAAAAAAGUAGCAAGGUUGUACAAAUUGUAAUUAAGAAAUUAAAGCAAGUCUUUGUGGAGUCCGUUUAUAGUUUUCUUUGGGCCCACCAACGCACAUGGGCCGUUUGCAUAAAGAAACGAUACCUUUUUUUCUUUUUUUUUUUUGAGUUUUUUCCUCUUCUUGUUCUUCUUACUUCUUAGUUUAAUACAAAAUGCAAUUUCGGCUUUUGGCUUUGGGGGGGAAGGGGAUACGAUAAUCAUCAUUUUAACUUUUUCGUUUGGGUUGUUAAGAGUUAAAAAAAGUUGAAAGACUACAUAGUUUUUGUAGUGUACUUUAGUUUGGUAAUGUUCUUCUCAUACGAUACGAGUUUAGGAUGCUUCCAAUUUUCCUUUUCUUUUUUCUUGCUUUUGAAUUUUGAUCGACCUCUCUCCUCUUUCCUCUUUAUCUCUAUAAUUGUUUUGCAA